AUGGAGGGCGAUCAGAGACGACAGAUCGAAUUUGGUCUGUGCUUAGCAGCAUCAAAGGCCUUCGUCGACUCAGCCUUCGGCCAAGGGCCGAAGCCUCUCGUCCUUCAUUCUUUGAGCCUUCGGCUUCGAGCCGAUGUCAGUCCGGAAGUGUCAAGCUUCGGCUUUGGUCCUUCGGUCUUGGACCUUCGGCAUAAUCCAAAGGUUGAGGUUUCUGCUGGAAGCACAAAUGGAGGGUUCUACAAACCUGCUGGUGCUGAAGGCUCUGUCCCAAUAGAACAAUGCCCAGACAAAUGUGACUACCGUUGCUCAGCUACAUCACACAGGAAGCCAUGCCUUUUCUUCUGCAACUAUUGCUGCCAGAAGUGCCUAUGUGUUCCAUCUGGCACGUACGGCAACAAGGAAGAGUGCCCAUGCUACGACAACAUGAAGAACAAGGAAGGCGGGCCCAAGUGCCCUUGA